AUGCAAGUCCCCGGGUUCACACACACACCCAUCAGUCAAUUCUUCGUCUACUACCUCGUCAUAGCCGCCGUCUUAAUCUCGGUCAGCGACUACAAAUACCUCUUUCACAUCCAAAUAAUCCCGCAUUUAUGGCGAUGGGGACAAUGGUGGAGAGUUCUGAUCUGGCAGUUUUCGUAUGCCAAUACCGGUGAAGUGCUUUUUGCUUCGUUGGCGGUUUAUACGCUUAGAGUCGUGGAGAGGUUGUGGGGGAGUAGGAAGUUUGCUAGCUUCAUAACCUACAACCUAAUCUUCACAUCCCUCAUAACCCCCCUCCUCCUCGCCAUAAUCUUCCGACCUCUAACCCUCUGGCGAAUGAACUACCUCCCACCGGGUCCGACCCCUCUAAUCUUCGCAAUCCUAGCCCAAUUCCACGCCACAAUCCCAUCAACCUACAAAUUCCGUCUCUUGCUCCCCAUCUCCCCUUCACCACCCCCACCGGAAGCAACACCAUCCCUCCAAGUCGCAAGAGAAGAAUCAGAACCAUCCAUCACUCUAUCCGAUAAAUUCUACGUCUAUAUCGUUGCCGCUCAGUUGGCUGUUAGUCAGUUCCCAGGGAGUUUGGUGGGUGCUGCUGUAGGUUGGAUUGCUGGGUAUGCUUGGAGAGCUGAGGUUGUGCCUUGGGGGAGGUGGAGGUGGCCGAUUUGGUUGUUUGAGAAGAGGGGGGUUAAUGAUGGUGGUAGUGGGUAUGGGGAACUUAGGAGGAUGGCUAGAGGGGAAGGGGAACAGGGGACCGGGGUGCAGCAGGUUGGAGAGGGGCAGGAACAAGGGGAUGGAGAUGGGAGGAGGCCGUUGAGUACGCAGAUUUUGGAUCAGUUUAGGGGAGGGUUUUAG